CAAUGAAAGAGUUUUCAGCUCUUUUUCUUUCCUUGGGAAUUUUGCAGAGUCUUCGUUAUUUAAUUCUAAUUUAAUUUUUUUAAAAUUUAUUUUAAUUUUCCUCACGUACAGGGACGCAGUAUAAAAGGAAUUUGAAUCUCUUUCUGGACAAUGAGAGAGUCUGAACAAAAAUCAUGGAGUUCUUAGACGAGGACGCCAGGCCCAGAUUUCACUUACAAUCCGGAGCACCCGCUUCUUCAAACGCCAACGACCCACAAACCCAGCAAACAAAUCUUAGCAAAUCCUUUCUCUUCCUCACCAUCUCCGUCUCAUUUCUUCUUCUGGGUCUCUCCCUCUUCUUCCUCCAAUCCGAACCCUCCAAAUCCCUCCUCAUCUGGAUCGCUUUCUCCGUCCUCCUCGGUCCCUUCGCUCCCAUUUCACUCACCGGUGGCGAUAUCCGCGUCGGUCAAGGCCCAAUUCUCGAACCCUCUACUGAAACAGCCCAACCCGAUGAGGAAACCAAAAGGGUUUCUCAGAAGAGGUCAAAGUCUCGUCGAUCCGAUGACGUAGUGAUCGAUUCGACACCAUUAAUGGGGAACGUUGAUGGGUCUUUGAGAAAAGAGAAGAAGAAUGAAGAUUAUGGAGGAAACAGUAAUGGGGUUGUUGCUUCUUCUUCUGUGGAGGAAGAGGAGAAGGAGUGGGUUGAGGAAGAUAUAGAGAUAUUGAAGAAGCAGCUGCGGAAGCAUCCUGUAGGGAAGCCGAGGAGGUGGGAGGUGAUUGCGGAAGCGUUUCAGGGUCGGUAUAAGGUGGAGACUGUGAUCAAGAAGGCAAAGGAAUUGGGGGAGAAGAAAGUCGGUGAUGAGGAUUCGUAUUCACAGUUUCUGAAGAAGAGGAAGCCUGUGGAUAAGAGAAUUGAGGAUGUGGGCAAUGGUGGAAAUUUGAUGGCUGAGAAUGGUGGAAUCGGGGAAGAGAGUGAAGGAGGUGGUGGAGGUGGUGAUGGUUGGAGCUCUGGAGACGACAUUGCUUUGCUUAAUGCAUUGAAAGCGUUUCCAAAGGAUGUUCCUAUGAGGUGGGAGAAGAUUAUGGCCUCUGUGCCUGGGAAAUCCAAAGCUGCUUGUAUGAAAAGAGUUGCAGAGUUGAAAAGAGAUUUUCGGAGCUCUAAAGCUGCGUCUCAGAGUUAGGAUGAAAUGCGGAGGGAAAAAAAAAAAAAGUACGUGUCUUCUUUGGAUUUUGUUACACAAAGUUGGAUUAAGGAGAUAAUCUAGCAAUCAAUAUUUUUCCUUACAAAUUUGUUACUUUGUUUAGUGAAAUUGAAAUUGAUGCUUGUAGUGAUUCAGUGCUACCAAAUUUUUGGUUCUUAAAAGAUGUGACCUUUACUUUAAAAGAUAACUUUGAGUUUAUAGUUGUGUUGAGAUUUCUUUGUCAUUUAGUAAUUAACAAGUGCAAUUUGCAAUUUACAUGUUUUUGGAAAUGAAAGGUGUAUGGUUAUUUUUCUUA